AUGCUCACUUUAGUAGUCACCGCUAGGAGGCUGAGGCCCUACUUUCAGGCCUACCCCGUAAAGGUCCAAACCGAUGUCCUCCUGAGGAAGAUAUUGCAAAAAUGCGACAUCACAGGCCAAAUGACUAGCUGGGGCAAGCAGUGGCAAGUGUAUGUCGACGGUUCGUCUUGUCGGAUAGGUGGCGGUGCGGGACUACACAUAGUGACAGACUCGGGUGAGAGGUUCGAUUAUGCGCUCAAACUCAGGUUCAAGGUCACCAACAACGAGGAGGAAUAUGAGCCGCUCUUGUUAGGACUAACGCUUGCCAGGUCCCUUAGCGCGACUGAAGUUGAAGUAAAAGCUGACUCGCAGAUAGUGGUAGGGCAGGUGACCGGACAGUUCCUCACGAAGGGGGAAAAUCUAAAAAGAUAUCUCCAACGAGUGGGAGAAAAACGAGAUCGCUUCCAGUAUUUUGCCAACCAUCAGAUUCCUAGAGGAGAGAACCAGGAAGCGGGUUGGGUAACUAAGGCCGCUUCAGGACAAGAAGAGGUCCCGCUUCCGGACCAUGUGGUUGCCCAAACUGUUGAUAUAGCUGCGGUGGGAAUUUGGGUGUCAGCUAUCGAGCAAGCUCAGUACGUGUUGGCUGAAAUCCAUGAAGGAGUUUGCGGCAAUCACGCGAGCAAGAGGGCAUUGGCGCUACGAAUUGCUCGGGCAGUGUACUACUGGCCUAAUACUCACAAGGAUGCCGACAAGUUUGCUCGAAAGUGUCUUAAAUGCCAGGAAAACGCCCCUAUACCUCAUUGCCCACCCGCAGAGCUUACCUUUGUCACUGCUCAGUGGCCCUUCGUCCAAUGGGGGUUGGAUCUCAUCGAUCCCCUCCCAACGGGCAAAGGAGGGGUAAAAUUUGUCAUAGUAGCAGUAGACUACUUUACCAAGUGGGUAAAGGCGGAAGCCUUAGCAACAAUCACAACUCGGGCAAUAACGAAUUUCCUCUGGAAGUCCAUAAUCUGCCGUUUUGGUAUUCCCCAAAGCUUCAUCUCUGACAAUGGGCGAAAUUUUGAUGUUUGCAUUAUCGAGAAUGGUGCUUGGAGCUCAAGAUCAAAGCCAAGUAUUCCUCUCCAAGACAUCCGCAAGCCAACGGCCAAGUAG